AUGUCGCCUCGAUGUAUCGUUUUCCCCAUCGUUAUCCUCGCUCUAUGUUGCCCUUAUGUCUGCUCUAUUGACGCUGAACAUCGUGCAGCCUAUGACAGAAUACUUGAAUGCAUUUCCGAAGGUGCUAAAACUGAUGAAACAGAAUGCAAUUUGCCAUUCGAGACCGUCAUCUGUGACACCUUCAAGGUUUGAAUCUUCUUUUUACCUGCUUUUUUGUUGUUGUUGUUGUUGUUGUUGUUGUUGUGCAUUUGUUCUCUCAUCUUUUUUUUUUUUAAACAUUUAAAACGCGUCAGCUGCAUGUCAGCUACUAAAAAUUAGCAUAAAGGUGAAGUCUCCUGCUAAAUCAGAAAUGGGUCAGGAACACCCCGAACACUCUUCAAACACCUUUCUAGGGACUUGAAGAACUACCCGACAAUCCUCUGACAUACACGGAAAAACUUAAUAUUAAGUAACAUGGAGGUGCACAUAUCUUAAUUUAGAAAUUGAACGCAACAAAUUGUCUUCCAUAAAGUAGAUGUGUCCAGGUAUCUUCUCGGAAGUGGUUCUUUUCUCGUAAGUGACCAGUCUUCGCAUUCUGCGUUUUUGCUUACGGGAGGUUCGACUGUAAUGGCCAGUUGUUUUUCCCGACGCCGACGAUGUUUUGGCUGGCCUAAUAUUUUUCUACUGGAACAAUAUUUUUACAAUGUUGUUCAACAUUUAAUUCCUUAUUCAUUGACUAUAGGUAAUGGAUCAAUGCCUUACAAAGCCUUUUGUCUCGACAAGAGCACACUCUAGUGAAAUCCUGGAUUAUUUCCGUGCUUAUCAGCUACAGCGGGUUAUUCUUAUUAAGAAGUCGAAACUGUGCCAGAAACCGCCUCCAUACAGCAAACUAAAAAAAUUGGUCAACAAAUCUGGUAAGAGGUUGUAGGGGGUGUGAGUCAGCAAUCAUCAUUGCGCAGAUAGGUAUAAGAUUAUGCAAACUGCUCACCUACCUAUCAACCGACCAAACAUUUCUGAACUUAAACAACCACGGCAACGACAAAAACGAAAACAUCGAAAAAAACGGAUUAAUUGAUUGAUUAUAUGAGCAAAAAAAGCACUGCUCGUACUUUACUCUUAAUACUGCAUAUGAUUAACGGCCAUAGCACGACUUCCACGUGAAUACGACUCUCACGACGACGAAUCUUUCUUUCCCUUUUUAAGCUUAGAUAGAGUUCUUGAGAAUACACGUCCAAGAAAAUUUGCCUUCAUUUGAAAAAUUUAUUGAGGCCAAAUAAACGCGAUAGAGUUGAGAACACCACAAAUUUAUUUUUAUACAGUGGAACCCCGUCUUACGACCACCUCGUUAUUACGACCAUAUUUUUUCGAUCCAAACGUAAAAAUCACUGAGUUAUUUUAUUAUUAUGAAGACCCCGUUAAAGCGGCCACCUUGGUAUUACGACCAGGAUUUUAUGGCCCAACGGUGGUCGCAUUAACGAGGUUCCACUGUACACUCAAAGCUCUCGUAAGCGACCACCUCGGAAAUUCGAAUCAGUUGUCGUAACUAGUCUUUAGUCGCUUACGAGAAUGAGCUCCACCCUCUAUUGUUUUACCACAGCGGUCGCGUACGAGAGCUCCAGACACUUAUUAAUAAUUCAUAAAGAAAAGAUGAGAAAAAUAUAUUUAACAGUUAAUGAAUGAGGCUGAGUAUCUUAUGAAGAAUUAUGGAGAUCGAGGAGGGUGAUAUCCAUAAUUGUUCAUGUGAUACGAAAUCCAAAUUCAAUAACUGUUUUAUUAUUCAUUCAAAAUAAUUCCUAGUUUAAAAACAUAGCUAAAACAUGCUUACCUCCAUCGAUCCAUCGAUGUUCAGUUCAUCUUCGAUAGUGUACGUUUAGGUUUGUCCAGCUCCGCAAAUAUUCUCCAAAUAGCAGAUGUCGCCCUUCGAGUUGUCUUCUUGCUGUUCUUGCCAUGUUUUUAGCUAUUUUUUUACCUAGUUCUUACUCUUGAAACGAGUAAAAUGUCCGCCAUUUUUUCAAGUUCACAACCAAAACAACUCAACAUCGUCCCCAGGCCUUCUCGGUAAACGGUGCCUUAACCUGAGAAAACGCUGCAUUUUUGACGUCAUUUCCUCGUUAAAGUCAAAUUUCUUCCAAAUUUGGUCAUCAGUAACUAGUUAUGGUGAAUUAAACUUAUGCUUUUAGCCAAUCAGAAUCGGGGAAAUAUUUUGAAUGAAUAAUAAUGAUGUUUAAUGAGUGUCUUUAUAUCUGAUAUAGACAUGGCUAAACUUCACGUCAAAUUCGUAGACUAACAUUACCCCAAGAUAUUUAUCAACGAACCAUUAGUGUAGUUUGCAGUUUCCUUAAAGUGUUGAGUUAUAUCAAUAAUCCCUUACGACAUCUUAAAACAAAGGAAAAGUCCAGUUGAAUAAUCCCAAAAGUGGUUGCGGUCGCUUACGGCAGAGUUCGCUAACGAGAGCUUUCCAGUUCAAACGGGGUUUCGCAAAGGUGGUCGUAACUAGAGCUGGUCGCUUAUGAGAGUGGAUGCAAGGAGAGCUUCGACUGUAGUUUCACUACCGCCGUCUUCAGUUUAUGGUUACUAAGCUCCGUAAUUUUUACCCUUUUAGUGAGACGUUAGGAUUAGGACGUUUAAGGGGAUAGAGCGAUUUUCGUAUGUCCUUAAAAAAUGAUUUCGGUAAGUGUUUGUUAUUUGUUUUAUCAGCCAAUGGAUGAAAAGAACAAAACAUGGACUAUUUGUUUUCCCGCCAAAGAAAACCCUAAUACGGAGAAGGCACUGUUCGAUUCACCAAUCGUGUUGCAGUAUGAAGUCAAAGUGAUUUCUAGAAAGUUCUUUGGGCAUAAAGUUUUUCCAGCCGAGCGUUCGCUUAACCUUCGCUUAACCAACCAAAAGCCAGGUGUCUUUGAAUCCGUUCGAUAAACCAAUCAAAUCGCUUUAUUUCCGUUCGUUUGUUGCUUCUGUUUUGUUCGCGCGUUUUCAUUUCAAGGUCAUACGAAAAUUGCUCUAUUCUUGUACAUACAGCACUACUGAUCAGGUUGUGCACACUUUUCAAGCGCUAUAGGUGUAAUUAGUUUUAUUAAAAACUGAAUCAUUGGAUAAUGCAAUUCUAGCAUUUUGAUUGGCUUAGCCGUUAUGGUAUAUGAGCUAAUAUACCAUGUUCUCCAUAUAUGGUCGGUGUACGCGUCAGUUUAAAAUUGGAAGCUAGCUGAGAUUUUUUUUCGCGAAGGAUAGAACGGCGCCCGAAGCAAAUCGUUUUAAUUCAUUUCUUAGAAUACUAGAAAUGCAAUUUCAACGAAAGAAAAAAGACAAAAACAAACAAAAAAGCCACAAGAGCUUGUUUGAAAGUUUGUCGAAAAACACAUGAAAACACAUGGAACUAAAGUACCUUGACCAGCUACGAAAGAAGACAAGUGUUGUUUCUUCAUGAUCGCGAAGCCAUUCGCCGAUCGAGUCACUCGCCGAUAGAGAACUGCAGCUUGUUUAUCCGACAUCAAGAAUAUAAAUCACAAGUAACCAGCUACAAAUACAGGCUAUGCUGCCAUUCACUAGAGCAAUCGAGGCGGCAGUAUAGCUUCUUUUCUCGUUCAGCAAAACCAGGUUGUGGCUUCAAACAACUUCAUAACAAGCGACCGAGGUAAUACCGGUAGUUUUUCUCCGUUGUUCUUACUUUUGUAACUGAACCGAAAAUCCAAAUUCAUAGUAAUUUCGACGGCUGUCACUUAAAAAUUCCUUUCCUUCACAUUAUCUGCCAGGUUUUUUAAGCUGUUCUGCUGUGUAAAAUCCUAGAAUCACGAUGAGUUUUUAAAAAACUAAUGUUCAUCGCACAAUGUUUUGAUUUUUCAUUCAUGCAGUCUAGGCGAGCCGGUUCGCGCGUUGACAGUUUUGAUAGACGUGUGACAUGUCAAUAGCGGAAGUCCCUUGUCUUUUCCGGUUUGUUCUAGUCGGGGGCGUUUGUGGGCGUUUUUAAUAAAACAAUUAUUCCACUCGGGCUUGUUGGAUAUGAAAUGAUAAUAGCCAACUCGGCGCUAUGCGCCUCGUUGGCUAUCUAUCAUCUCAUAUCCAACGCGCUCUCGUGGAAUAAUUGUUAAAUAUGUAAUAACACCACAGAAAUUUCUUAUGGGAGACCGAGACAACAAGUUUCAAAAGCUUAAAAUUUCACAAAAUGAAAUAUUGCGCAUGAAAUUUUAACUGUGUUCCAUAAGAAAUUGUCUUUAAUAUUAUUACAGAUAACUUACCUAAUUAUUUAAUUAUUAAUUCAAUCUGUAGCCCUUGAAAAGCGUAAAAAAGAAUGCGAUAUCGCUUAGAUUAUUCUGGUACAGGAUUUUUGUCUACUGAAAAUUAAAAUUACUCAAUUUCCCCUGUUUCCUGAUGGAUUCCGUCUUAACACGAUACUUGAUAUUCUGAAUUUUCAAAUAGUGGCAUUGCUACAAGGAAAAAAAAAUCUUGUAGUUCAGGUUAAAGUGCAUUCCUACGAUAUAGUUAUAUUAUUAUAGUGGUGCAUGAGAAAUGCAAGUGAUUCGAACAAAGGUUUAACUGAAAAUAAAAAAAUCUAUUUGCUUUCAAAGGUGAACGCUCAUAUGCGCCAUUGACAUAAUUAAUUUGCUUUUCUAUUCUUUUUCAGGAUUAAUGAAGAAAGAAAAAUUACAGAGUGUUGGUAGGUUCGAAGAGAGAUGAAUUGGUAACAAUCACUGUAAUUAGCACCCCGGCUGAGUAGGAUAUGAAGAAUUAGAAUUAGCAGAUCGAGGAGGGUGUGGAUAACACCCUCCGAGAUCUGCAUAAUUCUUUUUAAUUCUAAAACAGUGGAUAGUGUUUUUCCCGCGCUCUUACUGGCUACUCCGUCAGUGAAUAUCCUGCAUUAGUAUACACUAAAACAGUGGAUAGUGUUUUUCGCGCGCUCUGAUUGACUACUCAAUCAGUGAAUAUCCUGCACUAUUCACUGAUUCACCUCCAGUUCCUCCGAGCGAGCGACGCCAAAUUCGGGUAAGUUGCGAGCAAAAUACUUUCCCGGUUUGCUGCCGUGAACAAACAAAGAAAUUUCACAACUGAUCAAGCAAGCUGUUUCCGAAAUACACGAAGAAGGUGACGAAGUUCGGAUUGGAAGUUUUAACAGGUAAAGCUUUGUCUUUUUGACACGAAUUUAUCGAUAAAACCGGUGAAAAAGUUUUUAAAUUUAAUAAUCUUUUUUUAUAGAAUGAUUUUAAAUACAAAAAGAAUUCACAACUCCUUUUGAAGAAAUUUCCCCGCAAGAGCUAAACAAAUGCCUUCAAAAGUUUUAAUUGUCGGCAAGAAAAAGCGACGGCCGCGGCCGCCCGGUCAUUACGCGCCAAAAUUGUAAUCGUUGGCAACAGUAUUUGAGUAAAAAAUCAUCAUUUUUGUGCUCAAUUAUCUCACUGUUUUAGUAUAUACUAAAACAAUUAUUCACCUCAGUGUCGGUGGCUAGUCGUGGAUAUUUACCUCACUGCUUCGCAGUUCGGUAAAUAACAACGACUAGCCACCUCCACUUCAGUGAAUAAUUGUUAUCUAUUCAGUGAUUCACCUCCAGUUCCUCCGAGCGAGCGACACCAAACUCGCGUAAGUUUCGAGCAAAAUGCCUUCCCGGUUUGCUGUCGUAACAAACAAAGAAAUUUCACAACUAAUUUAAAGCUGUUCCCGAAAUACACGAAGAAGGUGACGAAGUUCGGGGUUGAAGUUUUAACAGGUAAAGCUUUGUCUUUUUGACUUGAAUUUAUCGAUAAAACAGGCGAAAAAGUUUUGUUUACAAAAGCAAAUUAAGCUUAAGUCUUGCUUUACUUUAUUUAGUUGACUUGUUCAUAAAUAAGCUUAAAACUAACUUUAAUAAUCUUUUUUACAGAAUGAUAUUAAAAACAAAAAGAAUUCACAACUCCUUUUGGGGAAAUUUCCCCACAAUAACUAAACAAAUGCCUUCAAAAGUUUUUUUGUCGGCAAGAAAAAGUGACGACCGCGGCCGUUAGGGAAAUUGCACGCCAAAAUUGUAAUCGCUGCAGGCAACAGUAAAUGAGUUAAAAAUCAUCAUUUUGUGCUCAAUUAUCUCACUGUUUAGUAUAUACUAAAACAAUUAUUCACCUCAGUGUCGGUGGCUAGUGGUAUAUUUGCCUCACCGCUAACGCGGCCUUGGUAAAUAUCCACCACUUAAGCCACCCCCACUUCGGUGAACAAUUGUUACAUAUCCUACGAAAGCCGAAAGCACUAAUUACUUUAUUAUUCAUUCAAAAUAAUUCCCAGCAAAUAAUUCCUAGUUUAAAAACAAGUCAAAACGUUCUUACCUUCGUCGAUGUUAAGUUCAACUCGAUAGUGCAUAUUAAGAAGAUAAAUGGCUGUUCGGGUCUGCAAACAUACUCCAAAUAGCAGAUGUUGUCCGUCGAGUUGUCUUCUUGCUAUGUUUUUUUGACAAUAGUUCGUCGUGAAACAAGUAGAAUGUUCCGCCAACUGUUCGGCCAUUUUUCUUUUCACAACCAAAACAACUCAACCUUGUCCUCAGGUCUUCUCUGUUAACGGUGCAUUAACCUGCAAUUGUGCUGCACUUUUGACGUCAUCGGUUGAUUAAUCGCAAAAUUCUUCCAAAUUUGGUCAACAGUAGCUGGUUAUGGUGAAUCAUGCAUGUGCUUUUAGCCAAUAAGAAACGGAGAAAUAUUUUGAAUGAAUAAUAAUCAUAAUUAUAUGAAGGGUAUUUGCUAAAUAUUGAGUUAGUCGUAAUUGCAAAAAAAGGAAAAGAAAAGCGAAAAAGUGGAAAAGUUCAGAUAGAGUUUUUAAGAAUAAAGUAAAUGUAAGCGAAUAUCAAAGUACUUUAUCUGCAUAGCAUACGUAUCUUUGCUCUAAAAUUUGAGGAAAGAAGCAAAACAGCGAGUCCAAAGUUGGCAUUCAAUUAUGAAUUUCGGGGUUCUGAAGCUACGUACGUUAACGCCCGUUCAUGACAUGGAAUUUAAAUUACACCGAAAUGUUUAUUGGUUAAAGCAAAAUUUCAAGGUUUUUAUUUUAUCCUUAAAAAAGUUUUGUCCCUGUGAACAUAAGCUCAAGUGAAAACAACGUUUAAAGAAAGUUACCAGUUGGUUUAAAUUAGCCUUUAGCCAUAUAAAUUGGCAAGUUUACCUAAUUCAGCUCUAAACAGGUUUGUAAACUGAAAAAGAAUCAAGUAAACGGACAGUUUUACCCCGCACCUCCAAUUUUGGGCUUGGCUAAAUUUAUAUAUCAGAAAUGAUUGGUGGAGCCUCUCUGCACCUUAAUUCGUCUUCUUAAAUUCAAGUACAGUGAAACCUGUAUUAAGAAACAUUUCUAUAAUGCUUUCCAGAGGGGGACCCCUAUGUGCCAUGCGCUGGUGAAAUAAGUCGCAAGUGCUAUGCAGAAGCUGUGAAUCUCUGGGUGUACCACUCCACUGCCCUUCGUAUCGAACAUGACUUCAUCAAGUGUUUUGAGAAGGAAUUAAAGGCCUGUGAUUUUCCAAUAGUGCGUCACAUGUCUGCCACAAUGGAAGCUUUCAAGAAGCACGUGCAAGAAAAACACGGAAUCUACAAAUAGUUAUAACAAGUAUUAAAUAUGCUAAAAACCCUAAACAAAGCAUGGGAUUGCCUCAAAAGUAAAACCCGUAGUAAAGAUAUAUUUGAAAUAAUAAAGCUGAAAACUUUGCUGAAAUUCCAAGGCAAUAAGAACAAAGAAAAAUCCGACGAAUAAUAAUCAGUGGGAAUACAAACCACCAUAAUUGUGCUGCUUUUUGGAGUUGUUAAGAAAAACUUUAUUCAUUAGAUUUUAGAGGAGCGAGGAAGAGAAUAAUCGAGUAAAACGUAAUUGAGUCGUAGGGUUUUGUAUUGAAUGAUUAUUGAAUGAGGCUGUGUAUGAUGUGAAGAAUUAUGCAGAUCGAGGAGAAUGUUAUCCACCGAGGCUGAAGGCCAAGUCAAAUAACAGCUUCCUUGAUCAGCAUAAUUCUUCAUAAUAUAUAGAUUUAGUCAGGGCUAAAAGCGAAGCUCCUACUAACUCGAAUUUAUAAUUUAAAUCAAACAAUUGUAAACUUGUAUAUCCACAAAUCAGUUAACUUUAGAGCACAUUCAUGUGACUUUUGACGGAAAGGCUAAGUAAUUUUAGAGAAAAAUAAUUUGCAAACAGUCCAAGCUAAGAGUGAAAUUAAUCUUACAUCGACUUGAUAGCCUUAUUUAAAUUAAGAUUAACACAGUUAUACGAUUCAACAUAAUGGCUUUAUAACGAUGUGUAAUCUUCAAAAGCGUUUGAUACGCGCGGCAUUUUGACUACUCCUGCAAGCUGUGUUAAUGAGCGACUGAAAACAAACGGCACAACAGCGAUGAAAAUUGCAAAAGAGACUACAAACAAUCAAUGAAAGGAAAAUAAGUCGGUGAAACAUAGACAGAGACAACAAUUUUCAUUCACGAAGACAACAACAACAUAAGCUUUAUUACCAAAUAAAAGUUAACUUACUUUACAAUAUAAUAUAUUAAUACAAAAAAAGGUAACAUUUACUCAGAAUAACUAAAAAGCUAAUCGAGCUGAGUAAAGCUAAAUAAUGUUCAGGCAUAGAAGGUAGGUUGGCACUAAAGCUAGAAAAAACAAGGAAUUAGUAAAUAGAUAAAAGGAAAAAAAAUGAAAAAGGAAAAAAAAGACAGUAGGUAAAUAAGAGACAACGAAAAAGCACGAAGAAAGUUAACUAUAAAAGGAAAAUUAACAGAGCUGAGAAAAGCACGCAAUGCUCGCAUGACAACCGCUGACCAGUAUUAAAGUGUCUCUGAAAAUCCUUGUUUAUGUUUGAAGCCGGCUUCCCGGUGUUUGCGUUUUUCAAAGAUGAACUCGAGGGAAAAAAAAAAAGUCAAAGCUUUCUUUUACACCCAAAAUUAUAACUAAAUAUUCUUUGAACGUUUUCUUUCUAUUUGCGGUGAGAAAAUGUCUGAAGGCUUUUUAAAGUUCUAUAAGCUUAUAAUCAAACCUGACACUCGAUCAGAUCAUUGUCUCAAAUCUUACAAACGUGCAUAAACUAAAUAGCCCCAUAAACUACACUCGACUUCAUUGAAUUAGAUAUAAAAAACAAACAUCAAAUAAAAUAAUUACUCAGGCUUACCAUUGGAGAUGCACUGAAAACUAUCAAGUAAGGCCAAAAUCGCUUCAGACUUUUCAACCCUCUUACGUAUCAACCAAGGUGAAAAACGAAAACGAUGCCAUCCGAAAUCGGAUUUCCGACUUUGACAAGCGACGUAUUUCUCAACCAAAAACCCGAUAAACAAACUAACCAUGAAUAACAGAAGACUGGUGAUAGUAGCUGAAUUUCAUUUUGUACAAUGUUCAGUGGAAAAAGACAGUUAAAAACAUCACAAGUUGACACAAAACUCUGUCAGCUUCAGCUUUCAAAGUAAACAAGUUUCAAGAUCCUGCGUAAAUUUUCCGCAUGAACUCACCUGUCAAAUUUUGACCAAUCAGAGCAUAAAAAUUGGACGUAGAGCGUGACCAACGCGUGACCUUAGUGAGAAAAGUCAAAAGCAACUGGCAUGUCUUCCCUGCCUGUUAAAACUGGCUCAAUCUUAGCUUUCGAGGUCAGUUUGAAAUCAAAAAUUCAGAUAUUUCGUCUUCGGAUAGCAAAAACGCCAUCUUUUUUAGUUCACUGCUCAUGCAUCCACCUUUCCAGGCAAAUAAACUGAAUCAGUCAACCUCAUUUCCAAUCAUCGAAUCGAUGGUAUAUUGCUAGCAUCUUCCAAAUAGAGUAGGCGCCAUGCAGUUGGUUAUAGACAAUUUCCCUUGGUAUUGGAGCUAAUCAGAGACGGCCAAAUAUUUUGAAUGAAAAAAAUAUAUAUCUUUUGCGUAUUCUUGCAUUUCUUCCGUUCAGUAUUAUUCAGAAAAUCAGCUAGGUCGUCUUCGUCGUCAUUUUUUCACUAUUGCCCAAGCAGCCUCGUUUCCAAGCAAAUAUGCUAUCGAUCAAUCUCGUUUCAAAGCAAGUAUGCCAUCGAACCGACGGAAGCACCAGCUCGUUAUGAAGAAUUAGCCAGGGGAUUGAAGCCAAUCAGAAACGGGGAAAUAUUUUGAAUGAGUAAUAAUACGAAAUGUUCUAUGAUUGGAUAGAUUUGUUGAUAAAAGCUGAUAAAAUGACCAGAACUUAAAUACUAAAAGAGGUCGGGCAGAGGGUAUUACGAAGGAACGUAAAGUUUACACCGAGGAUGAGCCUUGGGUUCUGUCAAUGACAGCAGAUUUCACGUUCUCUUUUAAUUGCAAAUUAUGAUGAAAUUUCAUUUUUAUUAUUCCAAUUAGCAUUUUGUUGUUUGGGUCAUUCAACCACGUAUUUCCCUUGAGGCAGAAGUCAUAAACCCCCCACCCCUUCCACUGACUAUUCAGGUAAAUGGAUUAGUUUGCCGUGUAGGAAGUUCCUAACAAGUGAGUAAAUUCGUACAUGUAAGUGGAAAAUAUGUCUGCUGAAUACUAUGAGCUUUGCAAAUAUGUUUUCCAGAUUCAGUGGUCGAGUAUGUUUUUCACUUGGGGUUGUCAUAGGGAUCUAAGAACUGAGACAAAAUAAAACCUCGAGUUGCGUCUGCAGUCAUGGUGACGAAAUAAGACAUUCAAAUUAUGUGAUAAUUUCGGUGCUGUUUUUCUUUAUUUAUCUUAUCUAUUGUUGGUUUUCAACCAUGUGACCAAAUUACCAUGAUUUCAUAUCGUUGGUGAACAAAAAAAUAAUAGUUUCUCCCAGAAUUUGCAUGAAAAAAGAAUUAAGUUCCCAGCGGAGAGAGAAGCUUCUCUUUUUGUCCACCACUAAGGCCACCAUAACAUCAGCUAAAAAUCAGGAAAACGAAAGAAAGGUGAUAAAAACUACUUAUUACUGUCACUUUGAAAAUGUUCGGGUGUGUAAGCCUCCUAACAGCGUGAGCUGGAGCUUUGAUCUCAGUUUACUUCACUCAUCAAAGGUUGGGCUGAUAACAGUAAGAUCCUAAUUGAAUCAAUAGCUGUGUAGCCAUAUCGCCCUCGAUUUGCUGAAGUUUCGUCUUUUUAUUCUGAAAAUAUAACUGUUUAGUGGCUGCAAUAGAAAAAGAACACGCUUUCUACCAUCCUUUUAGCUUAGUUAUGAGUCACGUUUACUUCCUCUUUAACCCGAAUUUGCUCAUUCGAAAUAUAAAAAUGACUUGCGUUUGUCAUAGAGCGGUUUUCACUUGACUGUCGUAAAACCAAAACCAAAGUAAAUACACUAGCCAACCAAAGGGCGUAGUAAAACCAAAACCAAAACCAAAACCAAUCCCUUUCGACAGUCAAGUGAAAACCGCUCUAAUCGCGAGAUUUAUCCUACUUACAAAUUUACACCGCGCCUAUUACAUCUAACUUCCAAAAAGAAAUUAGUUCCCUGUGACAAAUAAACCUCCGAUUGCAUCAUAGCAAUAGAAGAUAUAAAAGGUAACUAAGGCAAUUUUUAUUUAUGACUUGCCAAGAGCAGACACUGUAUCUGUGUUUGAAAUGUCAUAUGAUGCAUCGUUCGUUUGGACAGCUGACUAUUUGUUUAAUUUCUGGGCAAACAUGAUAUUUGUUCCAUUCGACUUCUACUUUUAUCGUCAAAUACAUCAAGGCACGCUCAUGAUUUAAGGGCUUGAGUUGCAUCAAACAUGUCAGGAAAGCAAAGCGGAACGACAGGCUUAUCAUUGUUCCUUUUUAUUAUAUUUUAUAAUGAUUUCAGUGCAGACCAUACCUCGCAUGCUCAGUGUAAGCUAUUUCCUUCUAUCUUCUGUAUCUACAUUGAAGCGUUAAUAAGCAAGAAAAAUAGCUGUAUUAAUGAAGAAAUAAAAUGAAUUAUAGAAACAAAAGGUGACAGUAAAACGUGACUUAGAGAACAGUUUUUAUUUAAAUUUAUUAUAAAUAUUUAUUUUUCGUAGGUAAAAACUUUGCCCCCAAUUAAGUAAAGCUACACGGUAUAGUUCCUUUAUUCACCGAUGUUAAAAAUAAUAUUUUUCGUCACGGUGAGUCUGACUUUACUCCUCCUCUCAAGAGAGAGACGUUUAUAGGUAACUAUGACGAAUAAUUUUUUAUAACUGCAACAAGCGUACGUAUCGUGAGGUAUUACUUAUAUCAGAGAAUGAUGACAGAAUUUGUUAUAUGAAAGGUAAGGGAAUUAAUUGCCUAAAAUUUCGCUUGCUUGUAAUCUCAAAACUACCCAAUGACAAAUAACAUAAUAUCUACCUCUUUCCCGGUACAUAUUUCGGUUUACUGAACCUCAGUGACGGAUUAUUGUCAGUGGCAAUGAUGGCCAUUUGAUCCAGGAAACAGGUUAACCAAAAAAUUGAAACUGCAUGCAUGUAAUUUGUACCCAUAUUCCAAUGGCAAUCGUCCCAGGUAUCUAUUUCUACAACUCCCUGAGAAACAUAAAAAAGGAUCAGAAACUAAGGCAGAUAGCGAGCUCUAAACUAGCUUGAUUCUGAUCGUUAACGCUAGCAUAUUAUCACAUGUUAAGCACAUCUGAAAUACAUUUAUUUUUGCAAUCUAAUUUACGAAACUCCAUAACCUACCACUUAAGGGCCAACUGUAUGAUUUUGAAAACUAAAAUCAACUUUUAACAAAGCAUACAAAGCUAUUGGGGGGACAACUUUCUCAAUAUAUAUCUCAAAUUCAAUAAAAAAAAACUUGAAAUCGUAUAUGGAGUCUACUACAACUACAACACCUGCUGCGACCACGAAUAAACAGCACACCACCCAAAUGUCACUUCAGUGCCAUUUUGUUUUCCCCUGUCAAUAUUAUCCUUAUUAGUCUAUUAGUUUGUUGCCGUUAUUUUUUUUUUUUUUUCGCUCCUAUAGAACUGAUUUUGUCAAUUGUUUGAAAGUAUUUUUCCCAGAGUAUCUUCAGUUUUUGUCUCUACUUAGUUUGUUUUCUGGUUAUUUUAUUGAUUAGUCUUGUAAAUCACCUUUAGACAAAUGUCCCCAAAUGUAUUUUUGUAAACAAAAUUACAGCCUUUCGUGCUAGUAGCUGUGUCACAAAACGAGCUUUGACUAAAAGAGGGGCUCGUUUUCUUGCUCUUUAUGGACUGAAUUAAUCGACUUGGCAAUAAAUUGAAAUCUUACCUUUGAUAGCCUCCCCAUUAAGAACGCGUAGGCAAAAACGUAAGAACUGAGCUUUGAAAAUGAAACAGGUUCUUAUCUUGAAAAUAAAAAAAUAAAUAUAAAUUAACUGUUCUGAACAAAUAAAAAAUAUAUAAAUUAUGGGAUCAAGAGAAAGUUGUUGCAUGUUUAUUUUAAGAAUACCACAUUCCCUUUUUUGAUAUAAUAAAAGGUUUCUCACUAAAAAUCUAAAAAAAAUAGACUAAAAACUAUCGACCCUGUUUUGGACUCCCAGCAAAUACAAGCACCAAAGCUCUCCCAUUUCAUGGGAUGUUCCACAACAAACACCGCUGUAACUGAAACUUCGUUUCAAAACUAUGGCAACCAUCAAAAUAUAUUCUUUUCCCUUUUUCAGAAUAUAAAAUGAAAUCCGUGGAAUACAUUUGUCUCAACGUAGCAUUCUUGAUCAUUGUUUUAAUGGGCCUUGUUGGUAAUACCCUGGUGAUUCUAGUGAUUCGUUUAACCAAGACCAUGAGACCUCCUAUGAACAUGCUUUUGCUUAACUUGGCAGUUGCUGAAAUGGUAGUAGCAGUGUUUGUCGCAAUACAGUUCGUCAUUGAGCCAACAUUCGAACACCCAUCUGGAACAACAGGCUUGUGGCUUUGCAAGUUUAUAACUGGAGGAACAAUUACAUGGUCAGCGGCUGCAGUAUCCGUUGGCAACCUGGUUGCAAUUUCAAUCGAACGGUGAAUUUGUUAUAUUUCCACCUUACUAUAAGUAGACACAAAAGGCAUGUAACUUGGCCGUAUCAUGAGGGGUGUUCAAGUUAUAAAGGGUGCAGCUUCCAACUAUCCCCCAGUCCAUGGAGGCCCCAAAAUCAUAGUCAAAACAGGGUUAAAUUUAUAGAAAAAGGAGUAUCUUUGGAAAAGUACCGUUAAUUCGACGAGCCCAUUUUUCACUCCAAACUGAGACCAGUAAACUUUUGCCAGGUAAAAUAUGUAGAUCAUUUGUAUGACAAUGCCAAUUGUUUUUAAUCCCUUUAGUUUUUAAAAUUAAUAGCUAUUAUUUUUAGGAAAAUACACUGAAGUAAAAUAACAUAAUUGUACAAUUGUUCUGUUGUCUCUUAUCCUUACUCUAUUGGUUUUGCAAGAUGUUUCUUCGGCAGAUUAAAUAAGAAAUAGAAACAAAAUUUGUUCCACUUUCAUAUGGAUUAUACAGUUGAACCUCCAUGUGCGACUUGACCUCUCGUAAGCGAGUACCUCCCAUAAGGGACCGCCAAUCCAAAACACCAACAUUUUCCCAGUCAAAGCCUUACAGUUGGAACUUCGUGUAAACGAACACCUCCUCUAAACGACCGCCACCACUUUUUAGGCCAGACGGUUACUGAUUUUCCAUUGUUUUUAACCUCUUGUAAGCGACCACUCGACGCAUUCUCUGAUCUCUAGUUAUUUUCGCUAUGUGCACUACCAUUGUUACUUAGAACAUACGAAGAACUGUAGGGACACCAUGGAACUACACAUAUCCUAACUUAGACAUCUCAUGCAUUAAAAUUAUCCUCCAUAAAGUAGAUAUGCCUGGAACUCUUCUUGGAAGAGACCACCUGUGGUUCAAGUCUUGUAAACGACCUUCUCCCGUAAGCGACCAGUCUUUGCAUUUUGGGUGGUCCCUUAAGGGAGGUCGACUGUUCUUCUAAUUCCCCCUUUCUUUUGGUCUUUUUGUUAAAGAUAUCACGCAGUGGUACAGCCGCUGGCUAGUCGUUCAACACUCACGAAAACCAGACUGAAGCUCAUUAUCGUUGGUUGCUGGUUAUUGGGCUUCUUUUGGAAUAUUCCUCUUUUUGCUGUCAUGACUUACAGGGCGGAUCUAAAGUCCUGCGGUGAGCAGUGGCCUGGUCAGAUCUUUCCAAUAGUUUACAGUUUUGGGUGGAGUGUAGUGGCUGGAAUUACACCAAUUAGUUUAAUGAGUUAUCUGUACUCAAGAGUGGUUUACAAGCUGUGGUUUGAGGGAACUCCAGCUCUACCGUUCACAUCAGCGGUAAGUUUUAUUAAUGACAACCCGCUCUGGCGUGGCCUCAGUUUGGCUGGCGCAUAAUACGUUAGCGCGGUGAAACUAUCACCAGUUACAACGGCUAUCUCUGCCUUAGGAUAUAACUGAGAGUAAUUGUCUUCAAAUUCGACAGCAAUUUUUUGGAUAGCACUUGGUGCGACCUCAUUAAGUUGUUAACCAGCGUUAGCACAGUGGGACAGUUCAUGAAAUUCCUUGCGAACGCGGCAAGACAUAAAUGUACAAAACGGAAAGAUUCAUGUAUUAACGGAUUACGCUCUAAAAGGGGAAAUAUGACCUUUUGGAAACCAGACCUCGACCUUUUCGGAGCAUGCAGAUAAGAUUGGGGACCUUCUACUUUAAGGGUGUGAUCAACAUUGGUACUCCCGUGUUGCUCGAAUGGCCAAGCUGGGCACCCCGUGGCGGGGAAAGUUAAAGAGCCAUCAAGAUAAUACUUUUCUUAAGAUACAGCUGUAACAAUGUAAACAAGGAACAAAGUAUGCAGGGUCGGAUCUAGGGGGAGGGUGCAGGGGGUGCGCCCCCCCCCUGAGAUGACCUGCGGUUUUCUAAUACAACUGGUAUUCUGCAAAAACUAUGUGGUUUAUUGGUGUUGAAGUAGAGCAAGAGACGAGUGCACCUCCUCCUAAAAAAAAUCCUGGAUCCGCCCCUGGUAUGUCCACCAUCAGUAAGCACUAGGCAGCCAUUAAUCGAGGAAGAGACUUGACUCGUAUUCUCAAAAACUAGUGAGACACCCCAGAAAGCUUCUUUUUACUUUUUUUCACCAGAAAGGUUAGCAUUGUUAUCCUUGACGAUGAUGUAAACUGCGGAAAUACAAAUUAUAUAUGAAGAUAUGAUCAUCAAAGUGGUAAUUAUAAUUAAGCAAUUGCAAAUUAACCCAAAAAAUUUCGGGACUUCGAUGUCAGAUUCGAACCCAUGGCCUCUGCUUUAGCUCUGCAGUGCUUUAAUCAAUUAAGCUAUGAAGAUCCAUAUAUUGCGAGCAUGCCAAUUUGUUGAGUUCGUCUUAACCCGUGAAUGGAAUGAAACAAAGACAAUGAUGCGAACUGUGGAAAUACAAAUUAUAUAUGAAGAUAUGACCAUCGCAGUGGUCAUUUUUAUUGAAGUAAAGUUAAGCCCUCUGCCGAUCGCAAAAUGAUAAAACUUCUAACAUUCGAUAACUUGUUUCCGCCCCUACGACAUUCUCGUAGUAGAAUGACGACGGCUAUCACGUUUUCCCGCCAAAAUGAAUCUGGUUCAGGCGCGAGCCCUACUUGGUAUUGAGCAAAUCUCGUACUCAUAGUCCUUCUCGUCUUAAAAUCUAAAGAUGUCUAUUAACGGUCCUAAGCUGGCAAUAACCAACCUUUUAACAUGUUAUUACUCAACACCUGAUCCUAUAAGAGCAGGUAGCACCUCCUUAGAAUAGGAGAACUACAAUCGGUGACAAAAUUGUUCAGAUAUUGUUCUUAAAUGGGGUAACUUCGGACAACAAAACAAUCCAUACCCCUCCAUCCUCCCCUCUCCCCUACAUUCAAAGUUGUGGCGUUUGUUGUCUUCUACAGGUAGCUCGAACAGCGGCACAACAUUGCAUGGAGGGGGUAGAGGAGGGAAUGCUUUUUUUACGUUAACAAAACGGUAGAGAGGCCCUUUAGGGCGACGUAUCCCCACCAAAUUAGUGGCCGAUUGUAGCAUGAUAUCGGUCAAAAAACAACAACUUACUACUCUAAAUCUCUCUUUUCAGAAGAAAGCCUCACUGUCCAAAAAGAAAGCUACAAUAGCGGUGAUAACAGUCAGUUCGAUCUAUGCCAUUUGUUGGGUACCAGUUCUUGUGAUGUACUGCUUGGCACAAUCAUUACCACACAUGAUGGUACUCAGCCACCAACACAAAGUCACCAUACUUCUGGCAGUGUUCAACUCCAGCAUUAAUCCAGUUGUUUAUAGUUUUACCAGUGCUCGCUUUAGAAAACACCUUGUAAAACUGCUGAGAUGCAAAUGUUAUUCGAAAAACUCGGAGAAGCAGUUUAAACCUUUGGCACAGAGGUCACAGCCGAUUACAUUUGACGGCAUGUGA